CUGUAUUGCAAAUGGCGGCACUUGUUAUUGUUCCAUGGCGUUGAAGAUACGAGCAAACUUUGAGUGAUUCUAGUCACCCACAAAGGUGAGCAUAUGCCGUCGUUGUGACGAUGGGUCCUCAAGAGGACUUCGUGGAGACAGUCUUCACCUGUGAAGGAGACAUUAAUGAUCCCGAUCUCAAAAACCGACUGGAAGAUUUUAGAAGUACUCUCCGAGAUCUUUUGUCUACAGAUAAAAGAAAGUUAAUUCUAAAGAAAGUGGAGCCCUGGAAUAGUGUGAGGGUCACCUUUAACAUCCCUUUGGAAGCAGCGAGGAGGUUAAAGCACUUGGCACAGCAAGGAGAUGCUACCCUCAAACAACUUGGUGUUUUAGCUGUUCAGCUUGAGGGGGAUCAGCUUAUAUCCCUCACUAUAGCUGGUAGAAAUAAUGAACGGACUAAGUUAAUAUUUAAAACUACUGGUGAUUCUGUCAGUGGAGCGUCUGCUGUGAUUAACAAGGGACCAUCCUCAGGUCAAGCAGUCGAUUUCAAUGGACCUGGUACCAGUGAAGCUACCAGAAAAAAUAUUGCUGACUAUCUCAAGCAAGGGUCCCAGUUACUGGGAUUAUUACCACCACAGCUUGACAAUAAGAGGAAUGCUGGUCAGGACAUAUUUGGUGCAGAAAAUCCCACCAGUAAGACGCCUAUACCUAUUGGUCCAAAUCCAUCACCUAAAAAUGGUCCUCAAAUUGUCCCCGAACAAAAAAGACUUUUACCAACAAAUAUGGAACAUCCAGAGUUUCCAAUGUUCUUGGACAAUUACAUGAACUUACCCCCACCUCCACCUUACCCUGGGAUACCAGCUACUAGCCCAUUGCUUGUGAAUCUAUUACAAACUGAUGCAAUGGCAAACUUUAUGAAUAGUAAAAUGUUGCCCCCUUCAGACACUAGUCCUCCUCCUAAAAAGAAAAGAAAACCCAGGAAACCAAAAGAGAAGAACAAGACUGCAACAGUCACUCAAUCUGAAAUGGAUCUAGCCAGCCAGAGUAUUCCAAAUCCAGCCUUGGGACAUUGUGGUUUACCAACAUCAGGAAACAGUUCUAAUAUGCCUUCCAUGCUGAUUACACAAGCUCUCCCUCCUAGUUCUAUGCCGGUAGUGACAUGCAGUGCAUUACCAGAGAGGGCCAUGCCUUCUGUUCCUGCAAAAUCGGACUUUCAUCCAAACAUGAGAGCUGGUGUAAAUCCUCAGAUGAAAGAAUUCAUGCUGGCUAAAAGGAUGCAUCACAAACAGGGCCAUCCUGAAAAUUCAUCAGGGAAGAUCAUUAACCCCUACACUGGAAUUCUAGAACCUGUUGAGAGUUCAGACUCCAGUCCUUGUAAAAGUGAUAGUUCUAUGGAUAGCUUUUCUCCUAUGAAAAAAGUUUCUCCAAAGGACAAAAAGACAGUUGGCCUUGCAAUGUGUACUUCUUCCAUUGUUAACAGUGUGCCAAGUGCUAUUCCCUCUGCAGACAGAGUUAGAAUUGUUCAGGGAUCAGGACUGAAUAGCGUGGGAUUUUCCUCUAGUCUUCAUAUUCAAAGUGACAGUGCUGGGUAUCCUUUCUUAACAUCGGCCAAUCCAGCUGCUUUAGUUCAUCCUGGUAUAACUACAACAGCUGCUCUCAGUGCAAGUUCCCUCCAUGUAUCUACAUCUCACACUGCUGUAGUCAGCGAGUCUCGGAUCACUAGUAGGACAAGCGUGAUGCAGGCAACAAAAUCUAGUGAAAACGGAGCACCAGGCUUAAAUAAACAUUCAAAAUCUGUUAACUCAUUACAUGAAAGUAAACUUUCAGAGACAUCCAUCCAUGAACAUUUACAAGAAGUUAAAGAAACAUCUAUCUUGACUUCUGUUGCUAGUGCAAAUACUGACCCAUUGCUCAAUAUUUCUCAUCCAAAUCCAGCCAAAAAUCCUCACCUAGGCAGCCAGCUGGACAGUCCAGGGGCAGACUCAGAAAAUUCCAAUAACGGGGGUAUGUUACAUGACUCUAAUAUGCAAAAUGAGUUGGGUGCUGCUAACACAGUUUGCCAUCUGGAAGGGAAAGCAUACAAUCAUGAUUCAGGGGUAGGAAGUUCCUCUGAAAGGUCUGAUGACACUCCAUCAGAACCAGGGGACGACCUCAAACUUGUACAUUCUGUGGUUGAGGAAAAUAUUAAAGUUUCUGAUGCAUUGCUUAAAGUAUCUGCAUCCAAAGUUGUGACACAAUCAAAACUUGUGACAGAAAAUUCCUCUCAAGGAUUGGAAAAGACCAACAAAAUUGUGAAUUCAAGUGAAAGUUUGAAAGUGCAAAGCACUUUGCAUAAGAAUGUAAACAUGGACCUUACUGUGGGAUAUGCCAUGUCAAACUCUCUUGAAAACAAACUUCAGAGUGACAUUUCAGCCAUGAUGACCAUGGACAAAGUGUUAAGUCAUUUCAAUGACAAAAAUGUGUACAAUCAUAUAGGUAAGAACCAAACAAACACAGUCCUUCAUUGGUCGACCACAGAUAAGUUUAUAUCCAAUCAGAUGGAGACCAAAAAGCACCCUGUUCCUAAAAGCCACACAUCCAGUGAGACGCACAAGCACUUACCAGCACAUCUGUUUCCUAAGCAGCACACUAACCAGCACAAUAAAGUAAAGCGGAAAGUGGAACAUCCUUUUAAUCCACAAGCACACUUCUUUGCUGACAUUGAGGGGUCCUAUCAUCCUAUGGUGUCGAGUAAUGCUAACGAGGCUGUGCUUCCAGGCAAUACAGUCAAUGCAGUGUCAGCAUUCUCCUCAUCCUCAUCUAGCGUUAGUCAACUGCCAGUGCCCAAUUAUAGCAAACAGUGUGACAUUGGAAAUUCUGCUGUAAGCAAAGUUUUGUGCAAUAGUGAUCUCCAUUCAAGUAUACAGUAUUCAUCUGGGUUGGAUUCUAACAAUUCCUUAAAUUCUGUGAUGUCCAAAGACCUUCAGAUGCAAAGAAAAUACUCAAAAAGUCCCCAGGAGUUAAAAGGAAAGUCAUCUAGCUCAUCAACAGCUAAUUCUGUUCCACAUCAGAUGGACACCACUGUGUCCACUUUUACAGUGGGAAAUUCUGUGGUAGAGAAAAGACUUGGUGAUGUGUCUCAGGGAAAUUUAGAAGGAAGUGUGGCAGCCACAACACUGACAUCAAAAACUGUUCACUCAUCCGACUCGAGUCGGAACGUGACCAACAUGUAUCGACGACGGUCACCCACUGGGCCAGGCACUUCUUCACAUCAGCAGCAUUUUUUGAACCCAGGGCUACCGUUGGCUAAAAGCUUGACAGAGUCUGUACAAAAAGUAGUGAAAGCCUUACCAUCUAUAGAAAAUUCUACUCUACCUCAUCAGCGGAAAUCUCCUGUGAACUCAUCUUGUAAAGUCUCAUGCUCUUCAUCACCCUCAAAACCUGUCAAAAUUAGUGAAAGUAGAAAUUCCUCUGGCUUGGACUCUUUAACAAUAAAACAGACAAUACCUUUAUCUUCAGCAACUGUGAUUUCGGAAACUGACUUGUCUAAUCCCGGAGAUCUUGUUAAUUCCCUCCAUGGCUUUAAUGAGCACAGUGCAUCUAGUCAGGGUAUAGAAAAACUGUUACAGCUACAAAAUAGUGCUCCGCUACCAGUUUUAGAAAUUGAAUCUAGUCAUGAAUUGGAAUUCAGCAGUGUACCAGCAGAAAAUCACUUGGGUGUUGAAAUCGACUGCAAACAAAAUUUUCAUGAUACAAAAUCACAAAGUCUUCUCGAUAAGUCAAAACCAAGUUUACAAGACUCUUCUAUAAAAGAUGAAAAAGCUAGUAGUAAAGUUGAAAACUGUGAUAGACAAUUUGAACUGCAAAUAUGUGAGCAGUCAAAGCAAAGACUGCAACCUACUGACAGUUUAGAUAAAAAUAUCUCAAAAUCUGUUCCUAUGAAAAGAGACACGUCUAGUAGCACUCCUAUUAGUGAACCUGCUGCUAUCGAAUCUCAGCAAGAGACUCCGAAUCCAGGCCAUUCAGAAAAAGACAAAAUAAAGGUGGAAACAAAAGAGGAAAAAUUAAAAGUAGAAACAUCAGUUAAGAUGAAUCAUUUACAGGUUAAACCUGAUGACACAAAGCAGGUGGAUGACACAAAUCCAGGUAGUUCUAGAAACACUGACACAAAACAGAGUCCAAAAUCAAGUUCCAAAUCCUCCAAAGGAAGUGGGGAUGCUAUAUUCAAAUCAAAACGACUGGAGUUGGAGGAGAAGAACAUGGAAGUGACUGUGGUAACGAAGGUGAAGCCAUCUGAACAGAGGCAGCAGGACAAGUCUGAGCCCACAGUGCCUCCGAUCAUCAUCAGAGUGAGGAAAAGUGCUGAAUCAAGUGAUGCUUCUAAAGGCAUUCCUGAAGUAUUGGCAGCUAACCCUGAAGAAUCUCAUUUGUCGAUGACAUUGAGGGGGAAAAGCACCUCCAAGAGUCCAGAAGAACCCGUACAUAACCUCCGGCAUUCUAAAGUCACAAAACAGUCAGUGGUAGAGCAGUCAGAGAGCAAAUCUGACAAAAACACGGAAAAGGAUUCCAACAAAAAUGUAAUAUCUGAUGAUGAAUCACUGAAACGUAACCUAAGACGGCGGAAGUGUGUCACAAAUGAUGGUGAACCUGAGGCUAAGAAAGCACUUAUUGAGAAUGAAGAUGUGGCAAAACACACCCGCUCCAGUGACCUUAAAGAAAGUAACACAGCUGUUACCAGUAAAAAGACUGAGGCCCCUGUUCUUCAGAAAAUGGACACUUCCAAAGGUGAAGAAGAAACUGAUACAUCUUCAGUGGUUGAUGGUGUGAAGUCUGGUUUAAGAGCGCGGAGUAAUGCUAAAUCAGUAGAGGAGAAACAGAAAUCAUCUGGAGUAAAAGAAGUGAAGAAGUUCAAAGCAGAGGAUGAAAACUUCAUCAAAAACAAACAAGUUUCCCGCCAAAAGAAACUCUCUCCUACUGUUCCUACUGAAAAGACUCCAGCAAGUGCUAUAAGAGAAAAGUCCCCUCUUCGUGGUAGUCGAACCAGAGGACAGACUUUACCAAAUACAGAGGAAGACUUAAACAAGAGGUCUACAAGAUCUGCAAAAACGAAAGGUGAAAUAAAAGAGAAUGGAGAGGCAUAUUUUACAGCUCCCCAAUUGAAAUGACUCGUAUUGGAAGGCUUGUAUUAGUAUGCAACCGAUACCCUACCUCCUGUCGGUAAACGACGACGCCCCUCUCGUGAUCAUAGGUGAUGGGUGUGGCCCUGAGGAAACGGGAGAGCAGCUCGUUAGCUGAGUCUCCUUUUUACAGUGCUGGAACGUGACUUGCUGUCUCAUGUACAUAAUUUUCCUUGUGAUAUAAUCCAAUGAACAGAAUUAUUGUACAUGUAUUGUGUUGUGUACAAUGCUCAUAUUGUAAUUUGAAUCCAGGCUGGCUCUGAUGUAGAAACUGUACAUACUUGUAAAUACUAAUUGAAUGUAAGAUAAUUGUACAGAAUCAAUUUUAGUGCUGAUUUUUUCUCUCUCUCUCCCUCGUAAAUCAUUUCAGUUGCAUUUAAGUGGAGAGUUUUUCUCUCAUUUUUUGAAACAGUACUAGAAUUAUGCAUUAUGAUAAAAUGAAGGGUUGGCUAUCCCGUGGAAGAUGAACUGAACUUUAAUUCUAAUAUGUGGGAGUGCCUCAAUGUGGUUGCAAAAGAAAUUUUUAAAUGGGUUGUAGUGUUAAUCCAAAUGUUUUGUCGUGUGCAGAAUUAAUUACAAGUGGUGAUAUGUUUCAAAAAAUCCUAUUUUCAUUCUUAUGCUUAAUUUUUUUAAAGUCGAUACAUGUUGCUUAUACAAAGGUUUGUUAUCUAGUAAUUUUUUUUAUCUAUGUGGUUUGCAAAACAAAAGAUCCUUGGAAAAGAUAACUGUGCCAACACAAUUCAGCUGUAUCGUUUUAAAUGUAAUCAAUAUCAAGAUUUUGGAGAACAUUUUUUGGGAUUGAUUAAAAAAAAAAGAGCUACAAUGAAUGAAAGAUUCACAUGAAAAAAUUGGAGGUGAAUUCUGUUAAUGAUAAAAUUAUAGGUUUAGGAGUGUCAAUUUACUGCCAUUUUUUGUUUUUGUUGCAUAAUUUAAUUAUAUAUUUAUAUAUAUACAAAUACUUAUAUGAGCUGCUUGCAGCAACUAUGAUAACUCUUAUUUGGCUUGUGAAUUGUUAUAUAUAGGGCGCGUAAGAAAUAAUUAUAUAUCCGUACUCAUUCAUUUUCUAGUCUACAAGAGUACUAUAAUUACAUUACUGACCAAUUGUUGAUGUUAUUAAUAUUAUUAUCAUGUAUAGAUUAUAUGAGAGUUUUCUUUUUAAUUGAGUGAAUAACAGAGGAGUUAUAAGCUUUUGUGUGCCAGUCUGCUGUGGACUGAGUUGCCUCCCUUUCUUUCCCUGAGUAGGUGAUUGCUUUAUGUGCUGUAUAUGUCCCCGUGGAGAUUUCAGACAUGUCUUCUUACUCUCAUCAUGUAGUUUAGCAGACUUUCGUCUUAAUUUUCCUUGGUGUCAAUUCAGCAUAUUUUUAUUUUUAUAUCCAUAACUGUGAAUAAACAUAGCUCACACAUUUGAA